GCGGUGUGGAGGGGGAGACAGACCCAGCCCAGAGCUCUGAGUGGUUUCCUGUUGCCCGGCUCUAAACCCCUCCACAUUCCUGCAGACCUUCAGACUGCCAGAGCGCACUCAGCCCGCUGCCUUCCUGCCACUGAGCGUUCCUGGCGCCAUGAAGGCCUGGAUCUUCUUUCUCCUUUGCCUGGCCGGGGGGGUCCUGGCAGCCCCUCAGCAGGAAGCCCUGCCUGAUGAGACAGAGGUGGUGGAGGAAACCGUGGCUGAGGUGUCCGAGGUGCCUGUAGGAGCCAACCCCGUCCAGGUGGAAGUAGGAGAAUUUGAGGAAGGUGCUGAGGAAGUUGCAGAGGAGGUGGUGGCUGAGAACCCCUGCCAGAACCAUCACUGCAAACACGGCAAGGUGUGCGAGCUGGAUGAGAACAACACCCCCAUGUGCGUGUGCCAGGACCCCACCAGCUGCCCUGCCCCCAUCGGCGAGUUUGAGAAGGUGUGCAGCAAUGACAACAAGACGUUCGACUCUUCCUGCCACUUCUUUGCCACCAAGUGCACCCUGGAGGGCACCAAGAAGGGCCACAAACUCCACCUGGACUACAUCGGACCCUGCAAAUACAUCCCCCCCUGCCUGGACUCCGAGCUGUCUGAGUUCCCUCUGCGCAUGCGGGACUGGCUCAAGAACGUCCUGGUCACUCUGUACGAGAGGGAUGAGGACAACAACCUUCUGACCGAGAAGCAGAAGCUGCGGGUGAAAAAGAUCCAUGAGAACGAGAAGCGCCUGGAGGCUGGAGACCACCCUGUGGAGCUGCUGGCCCGGGACUUCGAGAAGAACUACAACAUGUACAUCUUCCCCGUGCACUGGCAGUUCGGCCAGCUGGACCAGCACCCCAUUGACGGGUACCUGUCCCACACCGAGCUGGCCCCACUGCGCGCGCCCCUCAUCCCCAUGGAGCACUGCACCACCCGCUUUUUCGAGACCUGUGACCUGGACAACGACAAGUACAUCGCUCUGGAUGAGUGGGCCGGCUGCUUCGGCAUUAAGGAGCAGGAUAUUGACAAGGAUCUCGUGAUCUAAAUCCACACCUCUGUCCGCAGUACCGGAUUCUCUUCUUUAACCCUCCCCUUCCUGUUUCCCCCAAUGUUUAAAAUGUUUGGAUGGUUUGUUGUUCUGCCUGGGGACAAGGUGCUAAUAUAGAUUUAAGUGAACACAUUAACGGUGCUAAAAAUGGAAAUUGUAACCCAAGUCAUGACACUCAUAGUUGUAACUCUGCCUCUUGCUUACCCACUAACAGUCCCAUUUUUCCUCUGGCCAUUGGAAGCACUGACCAUCUCCUAGUGGCAAAUGGCUGGGAACUUUGAUCUGCUCACAUCUGCCUUCAGCACAUACUGCAUCUUCAGAUUUGCUCUAUUCCUCUGUUUCAAACUAACGCUCACCAAGUCAAACUUUUUGUGUUGAUUUUAUUUCAGGGUGUUGGCUGUGGGGGUAGGAAUGGGGUUCUUCCCCACGUGGCCUGAAGGUGGGCAAAGGGAAGUAAGUGACAAUGUUUCUGGGACUAGAGGACCAGUGGUGGGAAAAACCCCAGGAAAACCCACCAACCAGAACAGCCAAUCACCAGUCCUGUUUGCGUGGGUCUGUACUGAAAGAACCUGAGACUCUGUUAGGAAGGUAUAUAAGCUCUCGUUUAAACCUGGUUCCUCUCUGUUUCCUCCAUCAUCUUUCAGUGCCUUUUUUUUCACCUUAGGCUGUUUGUUCAAACUUUUGGGAGCCGUGGACCACCAGUUCUCUGGAACCCACCAAGUCUGGUGGGCUUCUCCCCCGCUAACUGUCUUUGGGAGAGGCAGGACUGGGAAGCUGUUUCAGCCUGGAAAGCCAAAAUCAAGAGUGAGGUGUAGAAAGUUGCAAAAUAGAAAAAGUGGAGUUAAUGAAUUUGUUUUGUUUUCUGAGGGGUUUUUUUCCUUUUCAUUUUUGGAUGGCUGUCAUGAGGGAUCUUUCCCUCAGUUUCUAGCAUGUUCUUCCUUUUCUCCCCUCCCUCCUUUUCCAUCUAUUAAUCAAGGGAUACUUCGAAGUCAAUGGGAUGGCCAGAUCUCACAGGCUGAGAACUCGUUCACCUCCAAGCAUUUCAUGAAAAAGCUGCUUCUUAUUAAUCAUGUAAACUCUUGCCAUGUUGUGGAGAGUUUGACAAAUCUUUCAAAAUAAAAGUAACGACUUAGAAACUGC